CCUUUCAUUUUGUGCCCUCAUUUCAGCUUCAAUAUGAGCUUCUUCAGAGGAACAGACUGGUCCUUGUUUACUUUAUUAGAUCAACACCGACUUUACCUCAGAGGAGGAGUGGAAGAACCCCUUGUUGCCAGUCAAAGCUCUGAGUUCUCUAGUUCCCAGGUUCUUAGUGCAAUUGAAAACAUCACUGAAGAUAUUAUCAAAAGUCUGUCCAGAAAUGAAGCACCUGUUCUCAUCUUGAAAAACAGAUCUGAUUGGGGAAAUAUACAAUUUAAAGAUUCUGUAGGUUUGCAGAUGACAUCUAAUUGUACUACAAGGAAAGUAAGAAGUGAUUGCCCCAAAUCAGCACCAAAAUUUGCUCUAUUUCUCAAAAUAUUAUCUAUUAUCUACAAGAUGGUACAGACAAAUAUUUAUGCAACUAAAAGAGAUAUAUUUUACACUGAUCCAGCACAUUUUUGUAACCAAAGAGUUGUAGACGACAUUAUCAAUGAUAUUUCCUGUAUGCUCAAGAUACCUAGGAGGAAUCUUCAUAUUCUAUCUACCAGCAAAGGUUGCAUUGCUGGUAAUCUAAGUUAUAUUGAAGAAGAUGGUACAAGAGUCAACUGUACCUGCAGCACAGCUGCAGCUGUGCCAUCUAACGUUGAAGGACUGAGAAAUUUGAUCACAGAAGCAAAAUUUAUUUUAGUUAUAGAAAAAGAUGCAACUUUUCAGAGACUGCUAGAUGACAACUUCUGCAGUAGAAUGUAUCCAUGUAUACUAAUCACGGGGAAAGGUGUACCAGAUAUGAAUACAAGGCUUCUAGUCAGAAAAUUAUGGGAUACUUGUCAAAUACCUGUCUUUGCUCUUAUGGAUGCUGACCCACAUGGUAUUGAAAUAAUGUGCAUCUACAAGUAUGGUUCUGUGUCUAUGUCAUUUGAAGCCCAUCGUCUCACAGUUCCAGCGAUAAGAUGGCUUGGCCUCCUCCCAUCUGAUUUUGAUCGGCUGAAUAUACCCCAGAAUGUUUUGAUUCCACUGACUAAACAAGAUCAAACUAAACUGGACAGUUUGCAUAUAAGGCCUUAUAUUACUUAUCAGCCAGCCUGGAAAAAAGAACUAGAUAUUAUGACAACAUCUAAAAUGAAGGCUGAAAUCCAAGCUUUGACUUCUUUUUCAUCUGAUUAUCUUUCCAGAGUGUAUUUGCCAAACAAGCUACAGUUUGGUGGGUGGAUAUGAAUAUUUC